AUGGUUUCCACAAAGAGCCUUCUCCUUGCUGCCUUCACAACAAUAACAGCAUACGCUGCUCCCACCAAGGGCCCUUGCAAGUCCCUAACACCAACUCUUCCUACCACAGGAGGUGACGAACUAGUAGCCCCCUCUCCCACCGCCCGCCUCAAGAAAAUCGUCAUCGGUCACGGCAUCCAAAACUACACCUGCAGCGCUCCCGACGCCACGCCCUCCGCAACCGGCGCUCUCGCCGUCCUCUACGACGUAACCACUCUCUACCCCGGUCUCUCCAAGUCCGCUCUCUCCUCAGAAGCCUUCAACGCCCUCCCACAUGCUCUCCUCUGGGACCGUCCCGUCCCGCUAAACCGGCCUUCAAACUCUUCGUACUCCGCCGACACUUCGGCCCCCUUUCCAGCGCACAACGACCUCAAGGGCCUAGCCAACUAUCCCUCGCUCAAAUACGCCGGUCACCAUUUUUUUGAUACGGUUGGCACCCCGACGUUUGAUCUUGAUGUCUCCGGGAUGAAAGCUGUUGUCAUGAAGACGGGGAACGUCGCGGCGCCGAAGGAUGCUGAUAAGGGGGUGCUAAACACGGGGGCGGUGGCCUGGUUGACGCUGGCAGAUACGGGCAAGGGGAUGAGCAAGGGGGUCAAUUUGGUUUAUAGGGUUUUGACGGCUGGCGGAAAUCCUGAGGCUUGUGACAGUGCUGCUGUGUCUGCUAAGGAGACGGGGGGAGUACAGGUGCAGAGUGUGCCGUAUACGACUUUCUAUUGGUUUUAUGAGCAGUAA